AUGGGGUCAAGUUUUAUAGGGGCAGACAGAAAAAUAGAGCCAAGACCAUGGUUCACCUCAAUCAGGACCUCAUCAAAUGGCAGAACUGGAAUAUUUUGUAAUGGAAGCUUUGACCAAUUUGUCUGCUGGCCAGAAUCACUCCCAGGAAAUGUAUCUGAACCUUGCCCCUGGUAUCUCCCUUGGAUUACACCAGGAAGCAUAGGAAUGGUCUACAGGUAUUGCCUGGAUAAUGGUAGUUGGAUGACCAUCUCAAAUUCUACUGAAGUCUGGCGGGAUUAUUCUGAAUGUUCUAAAGGCAGCCAGGAUUUCCAGAAGAAGGAAGAUCAACAUGGUUUACUGAAAGCUCUGCAAUUGAUCUACACUGUGGGUUACUCACUCUCGUUGGCUUCACUCUCGUUGGCUGUGCUGAUAUUGCUCUGGCUUAGGAAGCUGCAUUGUACUCGAAACUACAUCCAUGUGAAUUUAUUUGCUUCCUUUAUUUUGCGAGCAAUUGCUGUCCUCGUUAAAGACAUGUUCCUGAAUAAUACUUACUCCAAACGCCCGAAUGAUGAAACAGGAUGGAAGUCAUUUUUUGACACCAAGGUUUCAAAUGGAUGUAAGAUGGCACAGGUUUGCAUGCACUAUUUUGUCGGAGCUAACUUCUUCUGGCUUCUGGUGGAAGGAAUUUAUCUUCACAAAAUGAUCGUCCUUGCUGUCCUUUCAGAGAAAAGGUUGUUUAAGCAAUAUGCCCUGGUAGGAUGGGUGUGCCCACUAUUCUUUGUUAUACCUUGGACAAUUUCAAAGGUUAUCUAUGAGAAUGAAUGGUGCUGGGGAACAAACAGGCACAUGGGAAUCUGGUGGAUCAUCAGGGGGCCUGUGAUAUUUGCAAUAAUAAUGAAUUUCUAUGUCUUCAUAAAAAUUUUGAAAAUGUUGCUUUCAAAACUUAAAGCCCAACAAAUGCGAUUCAGUGACUACAAAUACAGGUUGGCCAGAUCGACCCUGGUUCUGAUACCUCUGCUUGGGAUCCAUGAGUUUGUAUUCAUCUUCCUGAUAGACGAGCACAUUCCGGGUUUCCUGAGACAUAUCCGGAUAUUUAUUCAGCUAGCGAUCAGCUCCUUCCAGGGUUUUCUGGUGGCCUUGCUAUACUGCUUUGCCAAUGGCGAGGUCCAAGCAGAGUUGAAAAUGCGAUGGAAAUGCUGGCUGCUGGUAAAUCACUUUGAAUGUACCAGCUGUGUCUUUGGCAAACACUUCACAUUUCUGGGGAAAUGCCCCAAACCCAGGUCCAACAGUUAUAUCUACAAUAGCAGCUCCUACUAUAGUGAUACCAGGACGUCCAGUAUGCAACUGAGUACAGCACCGAUGACAGAACUGCAAGCACACAAAGCUAUUCCAAUGGAACAGUUCACCCAGGCUCGUGUGUCUGAGAGCAGCGAAGGAGAAGCAGACAUUAGAGAGAGCCAGAUGUAA